UCUAACAAAGAUUUGCUUUAAGUUAAUUGUUUAUCUUAAAAAUAUAAAUAAUAAACAAUAUUUUGCAAUGUUUUUAGUUCUUAAACAAAUUGCUCAUAUUUCGCUUGUUUGGCUUAAAAAAAAGAAAUGUCUGAAAAGGAUCAAAUUCAAACUUUUGUUAUUUUGGAUUUAGAAACUAAUGGAUUACCAAGAGAGCAAUUUAACAAAUGUGCCAUUACAGAAAUUUCACUUUAUGCCAUCGCAGCCAAGUGUCUUAUUAAUAAGGAUGAUUACAGUAGAUUGUUUCUAAGAGGUGCCAGUAAGGAGGAGGUGAGAUUUAAUGCGCAGCCUCCGGAUUUGCCGCGCGUUCUGAAUAAAAUUACCUUAAUGGUGCGACCAGGUGUUCCAAUUAGUUCCAUAAGUGAAAAAGUAACAGGUCUAAAUAAUGAAAUGCUGGAAAAUGAAUCACCAUUCGAUGAGAGCACUGCUAACUGUAUAAACAUUUUUCUAGAGCGCCUAAAGGCACCGAUAUGCCUAGUGGCACAAAAUGGUUGGGAACAUGACUAUCCUAUAAUCCGCUAUGUCUACGAAAAGUUGAAUAAGUUAUUUCCCUCUUCUAUAUUUUGUGUGGAUUCUCUUAAAGCUUUUCGUGAAAUAGAUGAAAAGUAUAACAUAAUUAAUAAUGCAAUACAUGUUAUGUCCAUGCUAGAGGAGAAAAAAGAAGAACCAAGAACAUACGAUCAGACUUCGGACAAUGGAACGAAAGAUCUUUUGGAUUUACUUGAACUUAACUCCCAAAUAAAUUGGCAAAAAAUUAAUGAAACUACUCCUCGCAAGAAACGGAAAGAAACCAAAGAACAUUAUUUCAAUUCAUUAAUAAAUGAAGUGAUAUCAUUAAAGAAAACUGAUGAGCCUUCAAAAAAAUUGCGCCUUAAACGUGCCUUAUUUACUGAUGAUUUUACUUUAUCAAAAUAUCCGGCCAAAGGUGUUUACAAGUUGGGUAAUAUAUAUAGGCGUUGUUUCAAACAAGAACCGAUCAAUUUGCAUCGUGCAGAAAUGGAUGUUGAAGUUUUAACAAAAUUAAUUUUGCAUUAUGGUAUAGAUUUUCUAGCCUAUGCCGAGGAACGUAAACAAUUGUUUGUAGAGGUUCCCAAAUUGGGUUCCUCAACUAAUUAGCAAGGUACUCUUAUACAGUGUUUCCCUCUCCUAUACAUAAAACAUUUUAAUUAAAGUGCAAUGUAGGUAUUGCAAUUUUUUAAUAUAUUCACACAUUUUUUUAUAUAAAAUAAAGAUUAUGAAAAAAUUAUU